AGGAGCUGCCCAGACUGUGAAUGUGAGAACAGUUGAAGUUUUCUUUUCAACAACUUUUCUACAGUUUCCUGUUUCUGCUCAUCACCACUUUUGUUUACGCUGAACAACAUUUAUCAGCUAACAUGGCUAGUUCUGAAGAUCUCUCUUGGGAGAUAGAAGAAGUUAAAAAGGCGAUGCAAAAUGGAGAUCUUGUUUUGGCAGCUGCCAAGGCCAAAAAUGUCUUAGAAAAAAAGGAGAACAUAACCAUUACCAUUGCAAUCACAGGAGAAACUGGCUCUGGUAAAUCAACAUUAGUGAACGCUUUAAGAGGCGUCAGUGAUGAUGAUGAAGCAGCAGCUCCUGUUGGUGAAGUAGAAACAACAAUGGAGCCAAAACAAUACAGUUACCCCAACAAUCCCAAAAUUACAAUCUGGGAUCUUCCUGGAAUUGGCACCAGUAAAUUUCCUGCUGAUCAGUAUCUGAAGAAAAUGGGUUUUGAGAGGUUUGAUUUCUUCAUUAUCGUCUCUGACACUCGCUUCAGAGAAAAUGACGCCAAACUCGCUCUGGAAAUUCAAAAGAUGAAGAAAAAGUUUUACUUCAUUCGUUCAAAAAUCGACAACAAUAUUAGAGAUGCAGAAAGACGCAAGAAGAACAAAGAUCAAACCCUUCAGGAAAUCAGACAAGACUGCAUUAAAAAUCUUAAAGAGCUGAACAUUGAGUCUCCAGAGGUUUUUCUGGUGUCUGCUCCUGAGCUUCAUUUGUACGACUUCCCUUUGCUUUGUGAGACCCUCGAGAAGAACCUGCCCGAGCUCCAAAGAGACGCUCUUCUCUUGGCUCUGCCCAACAUCAGCCUGGACGUCAUCGAAAAGAAGAAAGAAGAACUACAAAAAUGGAUUCUGUUAAAUGCAGUAAUGUCUGCUGCAGGAGCAGCUGUACCAAUCCCUGGUUUAUCUGCUGCGGUCGAUGUCACGAUCAUUAUGUCAUUCACAAAAGAGGUCAGGAAUUCUUUUGGUCUUAGUGUUGCUGCACUACAAAACCUCUCACGUUUGUCUGGUGUGCCUCUGGAGGAGUUAAUGGAAGGGUUGAAAUCUCCAUUGGCUGGAAAACAAAUAACCACAGAGCUUAUAAUCAGGUUCUUAACCUCCUCUGCAGUAUACAUAUUAUCAACAGCAGCAGAAGAAGUGAUCAGAUUCAUCCCAUUUGUUGGCACAGCAGUAGCAAUGGGUUUGUCUUACACAACAACACUCAAAGUUCUGAAAUACAUUCUCAACACUCUGUCUGAGGAUGCACAAACUGUUUUCACCAGAGCCUUAAGAGAGUGACU